UCAUUCAUAUAACUUCGUGGAAAUAUUGAGAAAAUCUUCCAUGACGCACACCGGCUGGAAUGUAUAGAUUAAUACUACACAGCUUCCACAUGUGAAUUCAGAAAGAAGUUGUUAGCGCAAGGGUUAAGCUCGAGGGUUUAACAAUCACACACACAUUUGUUAAGAAUAGAUGUGAAGACAAAUAAAAGUUAGCCGUGUUUAAUAUAUUUUCUUGUCUAUAUAUAUUUAUUAUUAACUGAUGAAAAACAUGCCUAAAUCAUUUGAGAAUGGGUACGAGAAAGGGACAUGUUUGGAUAAUGGAGUAGUAGACGGUGGAGAAAAUCCUUAUUUAUUUCCAGAGGUCCAAGUUGUAGAAGUUAAAGAAAUAAACGGAGCAAAUGGCGAUAGUCAGUAUGAAACAAACAGCCAAGAAAGUGAUGAAUCGGGAAGUAACGACAUCUCAACGGACUUAAACGAGAAGCCCCGAGCAGCAUGGGGUGGGCAGAUGGAAUUUAUCCUGACUAUGGUUGGAUAUGCAGUCGGAUUAGGGAAUGUAUGGAGAUUCCCGUAUCUUUGUUACAAAAAUGGCGGAGGUGCUUUUCUGUUACCAUACACGCUGAUGUUAGCAGCAGUUGGCUUGCCGUUAUUUUAUAUGGAAGUUGGAAUCGGACAGUUUGCUAGUCUCGGACCAUUGAGCAUGUGGAGGAUGAAUCCACUUCUGAAAGGUCUUGGCUAUGCGAUGGUGAUAGUGUCCUGGUUAAUAGGAUUGUAUUACAACGUUGUAAUAUCACAUGUGCUGUAUUUCUUAUACGCAUCAUUUACAACAGAGCUGCCAUGGGCCUCCUGUGGGAACGACUGGAACACGAUAAACUGUCGUGACGCCAACGCUAAAACAGUAGCCAAUAACACGUUUAGUAAUACAACUACGGGUGUACCCGCAGCCAUGUCUCUGCACACCAACACUUCCCGGACUCCAAGUGAGGAAUUCUAUAGGUAUCAUGUUUUACAACAGACAGAUUCUAUAGACGAUUUUGGUACUAUCCAAUGGCAUUUGGCCUUGACUUUGUUCAUAGCCUGGGUAGUAGUUUUCCUGGUGCUACUUAAAGGAAUUAAAACUCUGGGAAAGGUCGUCUACUUUACUGCAGUUUUCCCAUACGUCAUGUUGACAGUAUUGUUCAUCCGAGGAGUAACCUUACCAGGAGCAUCAGUCGGAAUUGAGUAUUACCUGAAACCAAACUUCGAACGUCUGCUGGAUCCUCACGUGUGGAGUGACGCAGCAACACAGAUUUUUUACUCCCUUAGUGCAUGCACUGGUGGUCUGAUUGCUAUGUCCAGCUACAACAAGUUUAACAAUAACUGUUUUAGGGACUCUCUUAUUGUAUGUUUUGUUAACUGUGGUACCAGUGUGUUUGCCGGUCUAGUAAUUUUCUCUGUUCUUGGAUUUAUGGCAACGGAGAAAGGUGUUGACGUCAGUGUAGUUGCAGAUGGCGGUCCAGGUCUUGCCUUUGUUGUUUACCCAGAAGCUUUAUCACGUAUGCCAAUCGCACCAAUGUGGUCCGUGUUCUUCUUCAUCAUGAUGGCUACUUUGGGAUUUGGUUCUGAGUUUUCUUACGUAGAGACAUUUUUAUGUGCAAUUGGUGACGAAUUUCCUCAAUUUCUGAGAAUCAGAAAAAACAACAUUAUAUUUAGAGCUGUCAUGCUUGGAAGCGCUUUCCUCCUUGGUUUACCGAUGGUCUGUAAUGGUGGUAUAUACCUACUGAACAUUGUCGACUUUAGUGUUGGUGGAUUCCCACUGCUUGUUGUUGGGUUACUGGAACUUGUUGGAAUUAGUUGGAUUUAUGGUAUGGAUAAAUAUUCUGAAAAUUUACAAAUGAUGAUUGGUUCAAGACCAGGAAAAUAUUGGAUAAUCUGUUGGAAGUUUUUAUCUCCGUUUAUUAUUGCUGUCACAAUUAUCCUGAAUAUCGCCAUGUACAAAGAACCAACAAUGGAUGACAAGAAGUAUCCCGCCUGGGCCAACAGUCUCGCAUGGUUGAUUUCAAUGUUUCCCAUUGUAGCUAUUCCUGCCUGGUUCUUGUAUAAGUACUGUACUGUUGGAGGAUUUGAGGUAUUAAGAGAAAAUAUGAAACCAUUGCCAUCAUUUGGACCUGUUAAAGAAAAACGAUAUGCAGAAAUGGAAGCAGAAAUCAAAAAUCAUUUUAAUCCAGCCUUUACCAGAUUAAUGGGAAGCCAGAUGUCAAAUACUACGUCAAGUACAGAAUUCUCUCCACAGUCAUCGACUUUGAAUCUUAUAAAAUCUAGAUCUUCAGGUGAAUCAAACGUUUGAAAUCGACGUCUAUUUGACGCAUUAAAUUCAUCGAAACAUCAAUCAAAUGGACAGAAAGCUGUCAAAGAAAAAAACGGUAAAAGGAAUAAGCAGUUCCUGCACGAAGACACUGAAUGCAUGAGUGCAUUCAAAGAUGAAAGCAAGUUCCACUAAAAGACUAUACGAAUUACAUAUUCAAUGAUAUCGUCACCUCACGCAAGGAUUUAUACGUUCUUGCUUCACAAGACGAGUUAUUGUGCGAACAUAUCUGUUAUUUGUCUUUCCGGAUCUCUUUGUUGUGCUGCAUUCACUAGAUUGUAAAUCAAUAACUAGCACUCUUUCUCUCUUUCUUUUCUGUCCCUCACUUUUUCCCUUUUAAUAGAAAAUACAAAUAUCAUUUAACAUUAAAGGGGCAUAAGUAGCCAAAUUCACGUUAAACAGAAUUUCUAUAAACUUUCACAUUUGACAAAGUGUAUCAGGAUACAUGGAAUUGCUAAAAGUAUUCAAUAAUAUUCGCUGAUUGAAAAUGUUUGAAGCAAAAUUAACAUGUUUAAAUAUUUCAAAAUCGUAUACGGUACCCUACUGUCCCUUUUUCAAAAAAAUAUACAGAAGAACUGAAAAUGGCAUUAUGCAUUACAAUUU